AACUACAUUACCCACAAUGCUCUGCCGCUAGGAAGCACAUUUGUAAACAAUGCUAGAAAGCUAAGGGAGAAAAACACAGACAUUUACGGGAGGCUUUGCUAUAUUAGUAGCGUGUCAUGGUUGAUAUUUCGCUUUAAUACCGGAGGUAUUAUUCUUUCAAAGGUUUAGUUUAUUAAAAGAACUGUUUUAUUCGGUUAACGGGCGGUUUGAACAAGAAUUAGCACGUUUGCGUUAAUCUGAUCGGUGCUGCAGUUGAAGAAAAAGUCGUGUAUGUAUUCGACAUGAUUAUUGUGGUGAUUAAUUAAGGUCAAACAAAUUUUUGUGUGUCGAUGGGGAAACGGAAAGACAUGAUUCACCCCAGAUUUCUCGCUGGAGGCGGGGAUGAUUAUAACCUGCACAAGAAGAAACACAAGAAGCAUAAGAAGCACAAGAAGAAGCACCACCGCGAAGACGGCCACAGUUUCUCCUCCGAGGCGCUGUAGUCAGACUCCGGGAUGCUGCUGCUCAAACCUCCUCAGCUCAAGCUCAAGAUCAAGCUAGGAGGACAGACCCUGGGCACCAAGAGUGUGCCCACGUUCACGGUGAUCCCGGACUCUCUGCGCUCAGUGUCGCCUCUGAACGUGGAGAGUGAUGAUGAUGAUGACCAUGACGAAGACGACUCUGAUGAUGACGUGCCGUCGGAGGGAGUUCCCAUCGAGCAGUACAGAGCCUGGCUGGAUGAAGACAGUAACCUGGACCCGUCUCCUGUGCCGGACUUGGACACGGACUCGCUGCUGGGAGGCCCGAUGGAUGAUGAGGAGCGCUGGCUGGACGCGCUGGAGAAAGGAGAGCUGGAUGAUAACGGAGAGCUGAAGAAAGAGAUCGACGAGUCUCUGCUCACAGCCAGACAGAAAGCACUCUUACAUAAGCAGCAGAGCCAGCCGUUACUGGAGCUCCCGAUGGGAUAUAAAGAGAAGGAGCUGACGGCCGAGAUGAUGCAGAAGCGCGAGGAGCGCGCCCGCAAAAGACGCCUCCAGGCCGCCAAGAAAGCCGAGGAAAACAAGAACCAGACCAUCGAGAGACUGACCAAGACCAGCAAGGCCAAGAUCAAGAGCAUGAGGGAGCGCAAGUCCAAGCAGGCGCAGCUGCCCAUGGUGAGGUACAGCAGUAACGCUCAAGGUGCCGCCGUCUCGUACCCCACUGGGAUCCCUGUCCCGACGCCCGCGGCCCCGCGAGUGCCUCCUCCCGCUCCCGUGAGCUGCGGCGUGUCGGGAUGCUCCAACCUGAAGAAAUACUCCUGCUCCAAGACGGGGACGCCGCUGUGCAGUCUGGAGUGCUACAGGAAGAACCUGACGCUGGUGCAGGAAGUCGCUUAAAGUUGUCUUUGUCAAACGGUGUAUUUAAAAAUAGUAGGUCGAUGCAAUUAUGUUGAACAAAGACAAAAUUCGUUAAUUAAUGAGUGUAAAAUCAUGCUUAAGUUGAUUUAUUUUGUGCAUUCAAAGCGAUUCAUAAAACGCAAGCAGUAACACUUUACGUUACGUUAAAUUUUUUAAUAAAAGGUUUUCUGAACUAACAAUGAACAAUUUUUACUGCUAUUAUUAAUUGAACUUAAUGUAAAUGUAUAAAUAAAUAUAAA